GAAGCUGCGGUGCCGUUCUGCCCGAGCUCCGGAGGCUCAGAUUUCUCACCCUCAAUGUUCAGGCUCAUAUAAACAUAUCCAGGCAAAACAAGUUCUUCACCUCAACACAGCGGCAGCUUUUCGAGACCAGCCUUUGGCCGGACCUGCAUGCUAUAAUUUCUCGCUACCGAAAUCCGCAUCUUCUUUACCAUGAGUCAACUUGGUGGUCCUGGUUCUCGUCAGGCCAAUGCCAAGCCCAUACCGCCUCAACGUGGCAGUUUCCCACUUGAUCAUGACGGCGAAUGCAAGCAUGUCAUAGCUACCUAUCUUGAGUGCAUCAAGAAAGUACGAGGAGUAAACGACUCUGAAUGUCGCGACCUUGCUAAAUCCUACCUCGCAUGUCGAAUGGAUCGAAAUCUCAUGGCCAAGGAUGAGUUUAAAAAUCUAGGCUUUGACAAUGGACCAAAACCCGUAAACGACCCAAACGGUCUGGCUUUAGGCCAAGGUCAAGGCCAGGGAAGUGGUAACAAGGACAAGGACGCAAAGCCCGGCGAAUUACGAUGGUAAUACGACGGGUCCUUCGAGACUCGGAGAAAAUCAGAAUCUUGACUUUAUGUCCUCUCCAGCUGAUAGCUCCUCUAAAUGUACAUUAUUCACGGAUUUC